AUGCGCUCAGCAAGAAGCCUACUAGACGAAGAGCACGAGAACCUGCCACCAAAGCCCAAGGAUGGUAAUAACUACCUCCUUAGCCGCAUGAACGGACACAACGCGGUAAUCGGGGUACCCUGGAUCCGGCCCCUGCGGCUCUCACAACGACAUUUCCCCACAUCCGGUUUGGGUUGCUGGUUGGGGUUAGUGGAGGGGCACCGAGGCCGGCUGAUGCUGAGGACCCGUGGAAGGACAUUCGGUUGGGAGACGUUGUUGUUAGUGAUCCGUAGGGGAGUCAUGAACAAGGAGUGGCAGCUCUAUGCGGCAAUCACUGUGGCGGCCUACGCAAAAGAUCUUCUGCGUGUGAUUCACCCUCAGACUGUUGAAGAGACAGCGAAUGUUCUCGAGACUGCUCGUGAUGUCUCGCGUACCCUGUAUAAGGAGGACCUAGUGGUAUCCCAAUUGACACGGCCCGUGGACAAAUUCCAUGAAGAACAGAAGAAUGCGAACCUCCUAGAAAGGCUUCACCUACAUGAUUUCAAUCCUGAGCAGAGUGACGCCCUUAGUGAAUCCGAGGAAGGAACUGGACAGUGGUUGCUUGUCUUCGUUGCCAAGCGCAAAUGCUCUGGCUUCUGUCUAGGGAUGUAA